AUGAAGUUUAUAAACGCCGCAAUUAUCUGCCUGUGUCUCGUUUCCACUGCGUUUGCAUUCUUUACGGACGACGACUACGGCACUCCACUCGGCGGAACCAAUUUGAUGGUGGAUGAAAAUGACGGGCUUUUGAAGGAAUACGACGAGGAGGCAGGUGGAGACGGUGAUGACGAAGACGGUUGGGUGGUUGUGAAUGACGGCGAAAUCUCGCACCUCUUUAAUCAAAUCGAAGAAGGUCAGGGAGGUGACGAUUUCCCGCUGGAGGAGCACGCGUCCGUGGACACAACAACGAACCCCUUCACAGAACCUUCCAUGGAGACUCACAUGGAGUCUACUGAGCCCGACAUCACAGCAGAAGCCGCUUCAACAGACACUACGCCUUCAACAGAAGCAGAAGUCACAACAACGUCCUCAUCGAGUCCAACAGAAGUGGAAUCUACACCUGCAACUGCCGACACAACCACUUCCACGACGGAAAGCAGAACUUCAACCCUGAAUAGAGAAGAACCCACAGAUGCAUCGACAUGGACUGCAUACACAAAUGCAACCAUUUCUACGGAAACUUUUGGCGAAAACGAGUCUUCAGCAACCUCGGCAGAGACAGAAGGCACUAGUGCGUCAGCAGACACAUCAAUACCAUUGGCUACUUCAACAGAACCUCACGAUUCAACUGAAUCUGUUGGCAGUGGCACGUCCUCUGUCACUUCGGUGGCGAAUGAAGAUGUAGCUGGAGAUUUAGGCAGGAAUGAGUCCUCAGCAACUUUGACAGAGUCAGAAGGCACGAGUACGUCGGCAGACGCAACAAUGUCAUCGACUACUUCGACAGAACCGCACGAUUCAACGGAAUCUUUGGAUGGAACCAAUUCGACAGGGAUAGAAGACACCACAACUUCGCCAAAUGCCUCCGAAGAAACGUCGUCGGGCAGAAAUGUAUCCACAGAUACAUCGGAGCAGAUGGGAACUUCAAAGCCCGGAGCAGUCGACGCCGGAUCAACAACAGAAGCGUCUAAAGAAUUGAACACUACGGAAACCCCAGCAACCGCAGUUUAA